AUGAACAUACCAGAAGUUGCAGUGUUAUCAGUGUGUAUGGCUCUUGACAUUGUCACUAUUCACCAGAUCUCCAAGGUAUCCAUGGCAGCAGAAGAGAGCAAGAAUGUUUGCAUAGAGUUAAUUCAGCAUUUACAGCAGUUAGACUCUGACAGUUGGAUAUUUGUCAUUUUACUUAGUAAAGCAGUUUUGCAACGUACAAAUUCCAUUGACGAGACUGGUGAAAUAGUCUGGUAUUUAGCCCUUUCCUUGCUUCUGGCAUGGCUGAUAACUGGGUUGGCGCUCUGUCAAGGAAUCAGAUCUUCAGGAAAGGUAGUUUAUUUCACUGCAACAUGUCCUUACCUGCUUAUACUUAUGCUAAUGAUUCGAGGAGCUACGCUGGAAGGAGCCAGGAAUGGAAUUGAGUACUAUAUUGGAAGACAAUCAGACUUCUCAAAAUUGACUGAAGCUGAGGUUUGGAAAGAUGCCGCAACACAAAUAUUCUAUUCUACUGCGGUGGCGCUGGGGGCUAUAACUGCACUAUCAUCUUACAACAGAUUCAACAAUGAUUGUUACAAAGAUGCAGUCAUUAUCUCUUUUGUUAAUUGUAGCACAAGUCUGUUUGCUGGAUUUGCCAUCUUUGCUAUCCUUGGGCACAUGGCUUAUGUUCAGGAUAAGUCUGUUCAAGAAAUUGUGGAAUCAGGUUUUGGUUUAGUUUUUAUUGCCUACCCAGAUGCACUUGGACUCCUGCCAGUAUCAUCAUUCUGGUCUAUAAUAUUUUUCUUAAUGCUUCUUACGCUGGGAAUAGACAGUCAGUUUGCAAUGAUGGAAACAAUUACAACAAGUAUAACAGAUGCGCUGCCUAAUUUUAUGCAAUCAAGAUACCUUUCUAUGAUAAUCGUCCUUUGCGUAUCAUUCUAUUUUCUUGGUCUCAUAUUUGCAACACAGGCUGGUAUUUACUGGGUGCAGUUACUUGAUCAUUUCUCUACUGGUUUGACACUACUUAUAACGGCUAUAUUGGAACUUGUUGGUAUAAUCUUCAUCUAUGGGGGAAACAGAUUCAUUGAGGACAUUGAAAUGAUGAUUGGUAAAAAGAGAUGGUACUUCUGGCUGUGGUGGAGAAUAUGUUGGUUUUUAAUUUCUCCUUGCCUGAUAACAGGAAUCUUAAUCUGGUCGACUGUCACAUUUCAUCCACCGCAAUAUGGAUCAUUUGAGUACCCAAUGUGGGCAAUACUAUUUGGCUGGUGUGUAUUUCUCUUCUGUGUUAUUUGGAUUCCAAUUCUGGCAAUUGUGAAAAUUACCCAAGCUAAGGGCUCCAACUUAUAUGAGAAAUUUAUUGCAUCAUGCAAACCUGCUCCUGACUGGGGUCCACUCUUGAAAUUGAACAGAGGGGAGAGGUACAAACAUCAGACUGACCAUGUAUGAAAACCACAUUCUUCUAUUAACUGUGUAAUAAAAAUCAAAAUUUCAGGAUUUUAUGUUUACUAUGCAUCAAUUUUGUAAUCAAUUAUAUUGAGGGCUGAGAAUUUGUAAAGAAAAAAGUAUUAUAAAACAAAUUACCUCAAAAGACUAACUAUAAUGCUGUUGUUUAAUGAUAUAGUUCAAAAUCAACAUUGUCGCUACUUAAAAUCAUUUUUCCUGAUGCAAUUAGAGAGGCAGAAUUUUGAAUGUCAAUGAAAAACAAAUUGUUUCAAUGAAUUGUUUAUUUGAUUCAGAUGACUUGAUCGUCAAUGUGGUUUAUAGUUCUUUCAUACUAGCUCGACACUAAGGCACAAUUUGUGCUUGUCACAUCAAAACAAGAGCCCUUCUUGCAGAAUAAAGCAUCAACAAUUCUUGGUUGAUUAAAAAGUCAGAUACUUACUCUAAUGUAACUAAAAAUGGAUUCUGGUACUGAUAAUGAAACAAUCCUAGAUCUGCACUUACAAGACAAUAAAUGUGCCUAUCUAUGUGAUGAUUGCAUGCAUUGAUCUGUUUUUCUUUGUUAGUCAAUGACACUACAAACAUUCAGCAACACUUUAAUCCUGUAUUUUGCAUCUGUGCUUUUGUUUGCCAUCUUAGAUUUUUGUUCUCAAUUCAAGUAAAGUGAAAGCGUUUAAUUCAUGAAACCACAUACUUGUAUGUAAUUACAGAGUCAGCAUGAGCACUGUUGUUUUGAGAUAAUCAACUUCACUAUU